UUGACGCUGACGCCCUAUGCCGACUGGACGGUAUAAACCACGUGGUGUUAUAAAUCUAUUCAAUCAGUUCAUUUUCAAAAUAAUGAAUUUACUUUUAUAAAUUUAAUCUAACUAUUAGUUUGUGUCAUUGAUAAAGAUCUAAGUGCAGUGAUUGAUAAUAAGGUUACUAUACAAAACACAGAUUUGCGGAUAUACCUAAGCUCCAUUGUGAGGCGCGGGGGGUUGACUGGUGGGCUUGAUUCAAGGGCGAACAGCCUCCAAAUCGAAAGAUCAUUUGGUUAGACUGAAUUCGGACAUCACGGUGUUCGCCGGCCUCACUCCGCCGCCGGCUCGGCCCGCAUCGCACGCAGCCAAACAGACUCAAUAUAAACAAUGUACAGUGCUAUCGACAUCCCCCACCUGUUAUGAGUGUUCUGUAUAAUAUUACUAUAUUCGUAGGCGGCAACCUCAAACGUUCCUAAAAAUGCGGCUGUUACUUUGCUGUAUUAUUUUAUUCGUUGCAAAAGCAAGUGCAGAUUUGCCAACUUUUCAAAAGUGUUGUCCGGAAAGGUUAAAUCUUAUAAAAGUUGUUGUUGUAACCAAUGAUACUACGGAAGUGCAUUACCAGUGUUUAGACAGUGAUGUAGAAGCGACCUACAAUAUUUCAAGAAUUCAAUUCCCUUUGAUUUUUGGCGAUGAUAUUGAAGUGAAGUAUGGUAUUCCUCCUGAUUGCGAUCUUCAAUUAUUACCUAUACCGAAGUUUCAAGAUGUACAAUCAUCGAACAGUAUUUGUUAUGAUAGACUUGUGGCAAAUAUUUCAAACGGUGAACGAAAACAUUUCAUUCCUAAAAUCGUUGCAUUGCAGUGCGUAACAAACGAGAUUGAAAAUGAAGAAUCAAAUAUUUCUUUAGUCAAAAUACGAAAAUGUUGUCCUAGAGGCCAUAACUAUGAUACAAAAUAUCAUCUAUGCAGAAAAAAAUCGGAGAAUGAUGACGAAGAGUGGGUAAUAAAUCAAGUAAGGAAUAGUGACAGUACUAAUCUUAUUUAUGAGGUUGAAGUGGGGUUACACUGUAAAUUGGCAGAGUAUGCAGUAGAGUUAACAGAAGACAAAUUUACUUUUACUUUAGGAGGAAGUAUGUUGAAUAUUGAAAAGAAAUAUGAUGGAGACAUUAGUACCAGCUAUCAAAAUGAAUGGUGUAUAGACCGUGAAAUAAAUAAUCCAAAAAAACAAACAGUGGCCCGGGUUUGUACUAGGAAUUGCACAAACUACAAUGCUUUCUGUCUGAGAAAAUGUUGCCCUGUGGGUCAGCAUUUCAAGCCUUUUCUAUGUGGAUUUAAGAGUCGAUGUGUACCCAAUACUGACGAUUCUGUUUUGUUUGAUAUAAACCGUUUCUUGCCAUCAACGAAGGAUGAACAUUCAGAUGUAUAUGGUAUUCGAACAUCCUUGGACUGUGCAGAAAGUCGCUUGGCUUUGAAUAUUUCAUCAGAAGUGGACCACCACGAGUUGACUGAGAAAGGGGACUUGCUAUGGGCUCUGGGCGUUACUCCGAACUACUGUUUGGAAGCCUUCGACUUCCGCCACUGCAAUGCGGAUAUCAUGGUCACGGGGGUCACAUGCUUGGAAAAACUAGAUGAAAAGAAUUUCAAAUUAUCAUUUACAUUGAUGACAAUAUCGAGCGUGUGCCUGGCGUUGACCCUCCUCGUGUACUGCGCGCUGCCGGAGCUGAGGAACCAGCAUGGGCGCACCCUGAUCUGCCACCUCUGCACCAUGCUACUGGCGUUCGGCUGCCUCGCCAGGGUGCAGUAUGCUUACAUUGACAGCUCUGUCACGUGCACCUUGCUGGCUUACGGAAUCUACUUUGGCUUCGUGGCAGCCUUCGCUUGGCUCAAUGUUAUGUGUUUCGACAUCUGGUGGACAUUUGGGAACGUCCGAUCAGUGCGGCCGCUGCGCAAGGCGAAUGCCGAGAAGAAGCGUUUCAUCUGGUACUCCGCGUACGCUUGGAGCUCAUCCAUACUCCUGACUGUCAUUACCUUCUUGCUGGAUAAGUACCCGGUCACUCCCUACCUUGAUUCUAAUAUGGGUGUUAACAGGUGCUGGUUUGGAUCACUGCAAAACCAUAAGGAUGAUUGGCCGCACUACAUUUUCUUCGUGAUUCCGAUGGGCAUAGUGACUUGCAUCAACUUCGUGUUGUGGGUGCUGACGGCGCGGCACUGCGCACGGGUAAAAUCUGAAGUGCACCGACUGCAGGCGGGCUCUAUAGGCGAGCGCAUGAAACGCCGCUUCAGAGUCGACAGGGCAAAGUAUGUAUUGACUGGUAAGCUGUGGGUGGUGAUGGGCGCGGGAUGGGUGUGCGAGCUGCUGUCCACGGUGGCUGGCGAGCCCAAAUGGCUGUGGGACAUCGUGGAUCUAUACAACCAACUCCAGGGCGUCCUCAUCUUUAUUAUAUUAAUAUUCAAGCCUAAGCUCUACUAUUUGGCGAGAAAACGACUAGGCUGUUCAAGGAUACCGAUUGACACAAGGUUGGAGAACCCGGAUGCGCAGCAGAAUGGUACUUCAUCAUCUGGACGAACGUCAUCCACUCUCCUGUCUCGCUCUAUCAGUGCCGACGACCGCGUCUCUACCAGGGUAUCUGUGCCUAACAAUGCUAAAAAGAAAUAGAUUAACCAUCAGAGUCGGAAGAUUAGUGCGGCUUAUUAAAUAAUUUAUAACGCGCUGUUAGUAGGCUGAAACAUCAUACUUGUAUAAUCUGUGGUUGAAACUAUGGCUCGUCAGCUAUUUUUAUGCAAAAAUGUAACAUUCAAAUUCUCUUACUAAUAUUGGGUUCUUACUCAAUAAUAAAUAACUACUAAAAUAUAUUGGCGUUUCGCAUGUUUCAAAUACUUUAUUAUCACGCCAAACAGUACAUAAUAUCGCACCGUGUUAUGUCUUUUAUCACGUGACAGUAAUAGAUUUUGUUGGAGCACAAAUAAUAUUUAAGAGUAAUUAAAUUAAGUAGUAAUUAGUUUGCAUCGUAUAAACUUGGAUGCAAGUAUGUAUAAGUUUUACUUUAUACAAUACAUAUUUCAUUGUAACCACCGGUAUGUGCAUUUGAGUAGGUACAUGAAUGUAUCCUAAAAGUAUAUUUGAAAAAGUAUGCCGUAAUAAUUACGACGACUGACGUCGUACUUCUUACGUCAUGACUUCCAAGUACAUCUUUAGGGAACAGCAACCAUAAAAAUAAGAGAUAAAAUAAUUACCAAUAAACUGUACUUUUAUGGCGGCUGAUACCCACAGGACCACGGUGUUUUAGUUUUAAUUGUGUACUUACUUAAUUAUUAGUUAUAUACUUAUGAAAAAAUACAUUAGGUUUAUUUUUAUAUAAUAAUAUUCAAUAACCCACCUUCACUUUUUUAUUACUUCAAUUCAUCUAUAUCACUUAUAAAACAAUGUCUACUUAGUCGGUACCUAAUGCUUUUUAUACUUAAUAUCAUAGCAUGAUGCUUAUUUGUGCCUAUUUGUAAUGUAAGAGUAUUUUCAUUAGUGUUUCUUAUAAUUUAGUACAGUCUUAAAUAGGUUUCUAAUUUAUAAAUGUUGGUAAGAUCUAAAAUAGUUGUUCGAAAAUAAGAAGAAAUAAAAAUCAUAUACUGGCAAAAAUCUUGGCCUGAAAAACCUUAUAACAUUGGGUACUUAACCUGUAUUUGUAUGCAAAAGUUACAAAGUAUGUAUAAUUUAAUAUGUUUAACUUUCAUAUUUGAGUAGUGCAAGAAUAAGCACUGGCAUUUACUUAUAAUUACGAUUUCUAUAUCUCUAUACGAAAGUGUACGAUUAAUAAUUUACAUGUUUAAUAAAUAUUUCUCGAUUGUCUUUUUUCACAAGGAUGUUUGAGGGAAAUGAUAGAUCUAGUCAUCGAUGUAACUAUUUAAAAUAAGUUUUCAUUUCUCACACUCGGAAAGUAGUAUACUAACAUAAAACUAUGUUUGAAUCGAAUAACAGGUGUGAUGCGGAAUCCCGCCCUCGAACCUCGGUCGAGCAGUAUUUUUUCACAGUUUUAGCAGUUUUUAUGAAUUCAUAUAAACUGCUAAAACUGUAAAAAAAAACUCAUAAAAACUAUAAAAAGGCGAAGGAUGAAUUAAAAAAAAAUAGAACUAAGCUCGAACAACUUGGAUAACUAAAAAAAUAUCGAUAAAAAAUGCUACGAUAGUGUUAGUGUCAGCCAGAGUGUUAAAAAUUCUAUAUAAAUUUCAUAUAUCUACCAAUAAAUAUUUUAGAAGGGCUAUUUGGUACAAAUAUUUCGUCUGAGAAUUCAUUUCCUUCGAAUUUUGUUUAUUUGUAGUAAUAGUAUUAUACUAUUAAUUUUAAGGCUUGUAUAUGACUUGUAUUUUCUGGCUAUAUACAAUUUGAAUAAAUUGUUUUUAUUUACCCUUAAUUAAAAAGAACCUUCAUCACAAAUGGAGACGAUUUACCCCUACCCUAC